UCUUCUCCUCUCCUGUCCAUGAACGCGCAGCAUCCAAGGACGGACCGCGGGCUCGCGAGCUUCAGGUCAUCUGGAAGUCCGCGAGCAUCAACCGACAGAAAGGCGACGGACAGCACCGACACACCAACACACACACACACACCAACACACACACACACACACACACCGACACACACACAGAGACAUCAGAUGAGGAGAGAACAAGGAGAGACUGGUUCAGUGUGAGAGAGCCGUGAUGGAGACGCGGUGAAUCAACAGGACGAGGCGCGAGACGGUCUCAACAAUGUCAGCGGGGUUUGUUCCGUUAAACUGUCAAUGAACACCAACAUUUGAUCCACCACAGAAGAAGAAACCGGGACUGGAUCCUCCGGUGUGACACGGUGAGGCGCACAGCACCGAGCACUCGGCACCGGAGGGCUUCAAUAUUUCACUUAGUAAUUAAUACAACAACAACAUCCACCUUUAACCUGACGGACCCGAGGACCGGACAGAACCGGACACGGCACCAGCUGACGGUACCGAGCCCACACUGGGAGCACUGGGAGCACUGGGAGAGAUCACCGUGAUCUGAAGAAAUCACAGACGGUGAAAUCAACAGGAGACUCGACGACGCAGUUUGUAACGGAAUUCUGACCCUGAGGCGGAGAACUGGGUUGGAUCUGACAGAGACCUGCUGCAGGACCAGGACCAGGAUCUGAACCAGGACCAGGACCAGGACCAGGACCAGGAUCUGAACCAGGACCAGGACCAGGACCAGGACCAGGAUCUGAGUCGUCUGUAAACAUGGAGCUCCUUCGUGGCGUGCUCCUCCUCACCGUGCUGCAGUGCUGUUCUGUGGCCCGUGGCGGCUGUGAGCCUCGGCUGGUGAACAUCGGCGCCGUGUUGAGUCAGAAGCGCUAUGAGCAGGUGUUCAAGGAGGCGGUGAGCCAGGCCAACACGCUGUACGGGAAGGAGAAGUUCAAGAUGAACGCCAUCUCUGUCACUCACAAACCCAACGCCAUCCAGAUGGCUCUGUCCGUCUGCGAGGACCUCAUCUCCAACCAGGUGUAUGCGAUCCUGGUCAGUCACCCUCCUCAGUCCAACGACCACCUGACUCCUACACCUGUCUCCUACACUGCCGGUUUCUACCGGAUCCCUGUGGUCGGCCUGACAACACGCAUGUCCAUCUACUCUGACAAGAGCAUCCACCUGUCGUUCCUGAGGACGGUGCCUCCGUACUCCCACCAGGCUCAGGUCUGGUUCGACCUGAUGAGAGAGUUCAGGUGGAAUCACAUCAUCCUCAUCGUCAGCGACGACCACGAAGGCCGAGCGGCUCAGAAGAGACUGGAGACACUGCUGGAGGAGAGGGAGACCAAGACUAAAAACAGGAACUAUGAAAACCUCGACCAACAGAACUUUGACUUCAGGAGAACACCCAAGGCAGAGAAGGUGCUGCUGUUCAGUCCAGACACCAACCUGACGGCUCUGCUGCUGGAGGCCAAAGACCUGGAGGCCCGAGUCAUCAUCCUCUCUGCCAGCGAGGAUGAAGCGGCGGCGGUGUAUAAGGCGGCGCGGCAGCUCAACAUGACCGGCUCUGGUUACGUGUGGCUGGUCGGGGAGAGAGAGAUGACGGGCAAAGCGCUGAGUGAAGCUCCAGACGGCCUGCUGGGCCUCCAGCUGAUUAACGGUAAGAACGAGUCGGCUCACAUCGCGGACGCCGUGGCGGUGGUGGCUCAGUCUCUGCAGGAGCUGUUUGAGAAGGAGAACAUCACAGAGCCGCCACGGGGCUGCGUGGGAAACACCAACAUCUGGAGGACCGGACCGCUUUUUAAACGAGUGCUGAUGUCGUCCAAGUACCCUGACGGUCUGACAGGACGGAUCGAGUUUAACGACGACGGCGACCGACGCUUCGCCACUUACAGCAUCCUAAACUACCAACAGAAGCCAGGUCGCCUCGUCCAGGUAGGAGUCUUCAAUGGAUCACAGAUUGUGACGAUCCAUCAGGAGCCGUUUGUUUACGUGAAGCCAACAAAGACUGACGGGACGUGUAAAGAAGAGUACACCGUCAAUGGAGUCUUAAUCAAGAAGGUGAUCUGUACUGGACCCAAUGGGACCAUACCAGGUCAGCCCAUCGUCCCUCAGUGUUGCUACGGUUUCUGCAUCGACCUGCUCAUCAAGCUGGCGAUGAGCAUGAACUUCACCUACGAGGUUCACCUGGUGGCUGAUGGGAAAUUUGGCACGCAGGAGCGAGUCAACAACAGUAACAAGAAGGAGUGGAACGGGAUGAUGGGGGAGCUGCUGGGAGGUCUGGCCGACAUGAUCGUCGCUCCCCUCACCAUCAACAACGAGCGCGCUCAGUACAUCGAGUUCUCCAAACCCUUCAAAUACCAGGGACUCACCAUCCUCGUCAAGAAGGAAAUCCCUCGCAGCACUCUGGAUUCAUUCAUGCAGCCGUUCCAGAGCACACUGUGGCUGUUAGUCGGUCUGUCGGUCCACGUGGUGGCAGUGAUGCUUUACCUAUUAGACCGGUUCAGCCCGUUUGGAAGGUUUAAAGUGAACAGUGAAGAAGAAGAAGAAGACGCCCUCACCCUGUCCUCUGCCAUGUGGUUCUCAUGGGGAGUACUGUUAAACUCUGGGAUAGGAGAAGGAGCUCCCAGGAGUUUCUCAGCGAGGAUUCUGGGUAUGGUGUGGGCAGGUUUCGCUAUGAUCAUCGUAGCGUCGUAUACUGCCAACCUGGCAGCCUUCCUUGUGUUGGACCGGCCUGAGGAGCGCAUCACUGGCAUCAAUGACCCCAGGCUGCGUAACCCAUCAGAUAAGUUCAUCUACGCCACAGUGAAGCAGAGUUCGGUGGAUAUCUACUUCAGACGGCAGGUGGAGCUGAGCACCAUGUACCGGCACAUGGAGAAACACAACUAUGAGAGCGCUGCUGAGGCCAUUCAGGCCGUCAGAGACAAUAAACUUCAUGCCUUUAUCUGGGACAGCGCUGUGUUGGAGUUCGAGGCGUCACAGAAGUGCGAUCUAGUGACGACAGGAGAGCUGUUCUUUCGCUCCGGAUUCGGGAUUGGAAUGAGGAAAGACAGUCCGUGGAAGCAGAAUGUUUCUUUGGCCAUUCUCAGCUCUCAUGAGAAUGGCUUCAUGGAGGAUCUAGACAAGACAUGGGUUCGAUACCAGGAGUGUGACUCCAGGAGCAACGCCCCCGCUACCCUAACCUUCGAGAACAUGGCAGGUGUGUUCAUGCUGGUUGCCGGGGGCAUCGUCGCCGGGAUCUUCCUCAUCUUUAUCGAGAUCGCUUACAAACGGCACAAAGACGCUCGGAGGAAACAGAUGCAGCUGGCCUUCGCUGCUGUGAACGUCUGGAGGAAGAACCUGCAGGAUAGGAAAAGUAGAGCAGAGCCCGAGUCCAAACCCUCUUUUAGGUCCAUCACUUCGACCUCCGACCUCAAACGCCGUAGGGCCUCCGGGGACGCCACGCCGUACCCGACUGACAUCACCGGACAGCUCAACCUAUCAGAUCCCUCCGUCAGCACGGUGGUCUGAGAGCGACCCAGAGAGAGCUACACUGCUGCUGCUGAGCCACACACACACACACACACACACACACACACACACACACACACAGGCCCUCUGGACAAACACACACACGUCAUAUGAUAUAAACACAUGAAACACACAGAUGGACAGACUGAGCGUCCUCUGAGACAGGAAGUAGAAUAUGAUGACAUCAGGACUUUUGGACAGCAUCAUACUGUGCAAACACACACACACAUACACACACACCAUCUGUCAUCUCAACCCUCCACACACACACACACACACACACACACACACACACACACACACACACUCGCCUUGCUCUGCUUGUAGCCGUCGGCCUCAUCCACCCAGAGGGUCUUUUAUUUUGAAAGAACUGUCUCUGAUAGGUUUUAUUUUGGUUGAUGUCUUUGAUGUUGUACAGUUUCCUGUUUCCUGUUUCCUGUUUCCUGUCCGUCACGCCGACCCAUCUAUCCUCCGAUUCUCGCCGGAAACUCGAGCUCCAGCCCGCAAACACACCUGCCGAUCGAUCGGGAACCUAUUGAUUGAUCAGGAACUUGUUGAUCGAUCGGGGAACCCGUCGGUCGAUCGGGGACCAGAUCACGGUUCAGAGCGUGGUGGGUGGGCGGAGCCUCUGGGACAGGAAGCGUUUUCUUUAACGCGUCCUGCGUCACUGAGCCAGACGGCGGGGAGCUGUCAGUGCUGAGGCUCAUGGGUAAUGAAGUCCUGGUUCAGUGAGUCAGGAGGAAACUUUGUUUGAACCAACAGUCAGCAUUUAUCAGACGUAUAUAAAGAGUUAAUAAACAGAUCAUUACACAAUGAUUUCUGCAGAUAUGACGACUUUUUGUUGUUUAUUGUUUUUAUUUAUGAGGUGUUUAUUUAUAAACAUUCUUCACCCUCAUAAACAAAGUGAUGAAGAUGAUGAGGAGCAGCUGUAGAGAUAUGACUCAUCUGAUCUGAAGUCUUUAUAUCUGCUGUGUUAUAAGCUGUUUAUUAACUGUUAUACUGCUUAUAAAUGCUGAACAGAGAGGUUAAAGUUCAACUCAUCAAUAAUAAACAUUAUUACAAAGGAAAUGAUCCCACCUUUAAAUAUUUAAGAAAUUAUUUUCAUUAUUUUCAAACUUUUAAAAACCUACAUUUAUGAUUUUAUGAUUUAAUAUAAAGUCCUGAGAGAUGUUUCAGAUGCACACAGAACGAGAAGGUCUUCACACUUCAUCAUCUCAAUGUGACAAAACUAAUAAUAAUAAUAAUAAUAAUAAUAAUAAUAAUAAUAAUAUUUCCUGACUGCAGAGUUGAUCUGUUUUCACACUGAUGUCAGAAACAUGUUGAAAUUCUCUGUUUGACAUGAAAACAAGUCAAUCAGCUGAUUGCUCUCGUCACAGUUUCAGUUUCAGUGUGAACCAGUUGAAGCUUUUAUAAAACACUUUCUAUAUGAAAUAAACACACAGCUGUAAAACAACGUAUUGAUCACAGAUCAGAUUUAUUUUCAUCAGCGACAGUCAGCUGAUUCAGAUAUUUCUGACAUGUCUGCGUUUACUUCCUGUUAAACGAACCUUCGACUCAUGAACGUGUGUGACAGGUGUUCUGUCGCCCACCUGAACCUCAGCGUUCAUGACAUCCUGAGAGAUGAAGGUGAGACGCUUCAGCUGAAACACGUAGAGCAGGUCAUGUGAUAUCCUGCGAGUUUGUGCUCAACGAAUGACGUUACGUCCCAACGUACAGUCACGUAAAUAACAUGAAGUUACGAUAGGUCAGGGUUAGGAAGGGAAACACGGGACAUGUAUGAAUUUCAGUGCGUUGCUUUUCGUAGGAAAACAUACAAAACGUUAGUGACUGAAGACACUCAGAAGAAAAUGAGUUUGGGCUCUUAUUGCUUCCGUAGGUUUUUUGGCCUCGUACAAAGAAACAGUUCAACACACACUCAGGUUUAUUUUAGUUCAGCUAUCUGUUUGAAAAUUCAUGCAAAUCACCACAUGUUUAAUUAUAUAAUCACUUAUUUGUAAAUUUAAACAUUCAUUUCAGAAAACUUGUGAUACAAAAAAAAUGUCUUAAUGUGAGAAGAGUUCAUUAUAACUCAUCUCACACAGGAGAAGCACCAGACUAAGCCUCACACACACACACUCACACUCACACACACACACACACGCACACACACACACACUCACACACACACACACUCACACGCACGCACACACACACACACACACACAGACACAUACGCUCUGUCACAACUCUCAGUUUAUGGUUUAAAACUAAUGAGCAGUAAACUCUUGGUACUGAUCCGUCCCCAGGUGUCAGGUGUGUAAUCUGUAACUCAAACACAGUUCUUUAGUUCUUCAUAUCAGGAGGAAACAGGAGCCUGCAGACAGGAGACCGUUGUUUUAAUUUGGUGUACUCAGGUUUUUGUUUGUUUUUUAUUCUUAUCACAAAAAAUGUCCUUUUUUCAUUUUUGGUUUAAAACAAAGGAACUGUUUGUGUUUCGUUUCUUUUGUUAUUUUAGAAAUGAAUAAGAGAUGAUCCAGUGACACCUCAACCAUGACGGCGUCAGCGGGUUUUGUUUGUCAGAUUAAUUUUUAUUUUAAACUCUUUUGGUCUGACGACAGUUACAGAGUGAAGGAAUAUGAAUAACUUGCAGGAUAAUCCAGGAGCAGACACAUAAUCUGAGGAGCCAGCGACCUGCUUUAGACAUCUGAAGAACCUAAAUGUGUGAGCACACACGUUUAAUUUGAGUUUUACAGUUUGUUAGAAUUUGAUUUUGGAGACAGAACGUUUCUGUUUUCUAAAUAAAAAAGUCCCAAAACGUAAAAUAACUAUAAACACCAUGUUGAUAUCAGUAAGUUGUCUCAGAGUAAGAAUAUAUAAUAAAUGUCAGAAAGAACCAAAUCAUUCCAAGAUGGCGGUGUAACAGGUUUUGUUCCUAACGUUCAAAAGAAUAAAGUAACAAAAAAAACACAUAUGUUUGUACGUCACGUGCUCUCGCAAAAGCCACAUGGUUGCCGUGAAGCGAGUUGAACACAAAGGCUUUUUAACGUUUGUUGACUUUUCCAGCUCUUCAUCAAGUUCAGUGCUGCUUCUUUCUUUCUGUUCUUCCUCCUCCGACCUGUCCGUCUCUCAAACACUUAUCCACAACGACCAGGAAAUCAGAAUUCACAACUAAACCUGAGACUUUAAACCAGCAGUGAACUGUCGCAUAAUAAAAGUGUAACGAGGUCACAGCUGUGUGUUUAUGGAGAAAUUACAAUCAGCUCAACAUCAGAAUCAGACGCCUGAAAUAUCAUCACUUUAAAACUUCUUAAUUUUAUCAUACUUUUAUUUUGUAGUUCUGAAAUGACACAUUUAUUUUGGUGGGAAGAGGAAACAAUAUUUUAUUAAUUUCAGAAAUACAUUUGGUUUAAUGAUUUUUAUAUUUUUUUUUUUUCACAGUAUAUUUAUUGCUUUAUCACACGGUGGUUGUUUAAAGUUUCAGAUCCGUCAUCACAGAAAUAUUUCAAUUAAUUUACAGUUUUGUUUUUGGCUGAUCGAUCAGUAUUGAUCUGUCCUGUUUACGAUGAUCAGAAUCAAGUGUUAACAAAACCCUCCCUGAACCAGAGGCUCCGCC